AAGUUGGUGACCAACACAAGUCGGUGCAGAGUUUUCAUUUGUUUCAGUAAAAUGAAACCAAAGAUGGGAUUAAUCUCUGGGGUUUUAGGGUUUAUUUUCCUUAGUGCUCUGCUUUUCGGCAAGGCUCAUGGUGCUGUCCAUAGCUAUUACUGGGUUGUGAAGGAGACUAAAUUUACAAAGCUCUGUACCACAUCCACCGUUCUUACCGUGAACGACAGUUUUCCAGGGCCAGAGAUUCAUGCUCAGAAAGGUGAUACCGUUUUUGUCACAGUCCAGAAUGACGGGCCAUAUGGUAUCACUAUUCAUUGGCAUGGAGUUAGAAUGCCGAGGAAUCCAUGGUCAGAUGGUCCGGAGUACAUUACACAAUGCCCGAUUAAGUCUGGAGGAAAUUUCACACAGGAGAUCGAUUUGUCUACCGAGGAAGGAACACUCUGGUGGCAUGCCCAUAGUGACUGGUCGCGUGCCACAGUUCAUGGUGCCAUCAAAGUUUCCCCGGCCAACGGAACCAGUUAUCCAUUCGAUGAGCCUGAUGGAGAUCAAACAAUUGUAUUCUCCUCAUGGUACAAAGCAAAUGUGAUGGAUGUAUUAGACGAAUCUAUUUCAACCGGCGAUGAUCCGAAUGUUUCAGAUGCUUACACCAUCAACGGGGAACCAGGGGACUUGUACGACUGCUCUAAUGAAACAAUGUACAGUUUGUUGGUUGAGAAGGGCAAGACUUAUCUUCUCCGCAUUCUCAACUCAAUCCUGAAUGAAGAAAUGUUCUUCGCGAUCGCAAACCACAGCAUGACGGUUGUUGGGUCGGAUGGAGCAUACGUCAAACCCUUUUCUAGUGAUUAUUUGUUCAUCACCCCAGGCCAAACAAUGGACGUUUUGGUUACAGCAAACAAUUCAGCAAGUUACUACUACAUGGUUCUUACUCCUUUUCUUGAUACUGAUUCUUCAUAUGACAACACCACCUCUAGGGCACUUAUCAAAUAUAGUGGAAAUUAUACAACUCCAACCUCAAUUCCUACGCCAACAUUUCCUAAUAUUAGUGACUCAAUAUCUGCACAACUCUUUGUUGUUCGAUUGAAGAGUUUAGCAGAUUCAGCUCACCCUAUAAGUGUCCCCAAAAACAUCACUAGACAAAUCUUCAUGACAGUAUCUGUGAAUCUAUUCGCUUGCCCAAAUUCAACAGGUUGCACAGUUGAUGGCAAUAAUAAGCUGGCAGCAAGCUUAAAUAACAAUAGCUUUGUGUCGCCAUCAACCGCUCUGCUACAAGAAUAUUAUGACAAUAACUAUAAUGUGAGCCUCAUUGCGGAUGAGUUACCAAACAAGCCGCCCACUCCUUUUAACUACUCAACAGUGGCGAACAUGUCUACAUAUACAAAAGAAGGAACACAGGUGAUAACAUUCGAAUAUGGUGACGAAGUGGAAAUUGUGUUCCAAGGGACGAAGAUAGGAGCCACGCAGAAUCAUCCCAUGCAUCUCCAUGGCUAUAGCUUUUAUUUGGUUGGAACAGGUUCAGGGGAUUUUGACAAUGGCACUGACCCUAGCAGGUUUAAUUUGGAUGAUCCACCAGAGGUCAACACCAUUGCUGUCCCUAGACUAGGAUGGAGUGCUAUUAGAUUCAAAGCCCAUAAUCCUGGGGUUUGGUUUAUGCACUGCCAUUUUGAGCGGCACACAACUUGGGGAAUGGCUACUGCUGUCAUAGUGAAGAAUGGAGACACCAACGAAACAAGCAUGCGUCCACCACCUUCAUAUAUGCCUCCUUGCUCUUAAUUCUACAUCAGUUUAGUGCUUGGAGGGUUUGUUAACAUGGAGUGAAUGGCUUGAUAAAGUCAUUAAGACUUCAUAUGAAAUAAAAUUUCUAGGAAAUCUGUAUCUAUCUCGUUUGUCUCUAAUUGUAUGUAGAAGUACUUAAUUAAUCGCCAACCUAUUUUAAAACAUGGCUUCGGUUCGUUUACAAGAUGGUCAUGGUUGUUUGGCCUCUACUUUACGCAUAUGGCUGUACCAGGCUUUCCAAUCCCCAAUGAGUCGCUAUCGGCUUAAAUUUUUUAUGUUAGAUUGCAGAGUAUAGCAGAUGCUGCCCGCCCAUCAGGGCCCAAAGAAACAUCACCAUGGAGAAACCUUCAUAACAGUGUCUAUAAGUCCAGUAUUUUGUUCCAACGCACCAGCAUGUCCAGCAUGCUAAUGAUAUUAGCAGGCUAGCAGCUAGCUUAAACAACACGCCAAGCGCCAAUUGACUACUAUAAUACUAUAAUGGAAGAAUAAGCAACAUAACAUAGGUGAUUCCAGAUCAGCCCCCUUUUAUUUUUAACUUUACGGGAAAUAACUCUGACAUGGCAACAUAUGUUUAGCUAAGGACAAAGUUGAUAGCAUUGGAAUAUGAUGAAAAGUAGAAUUGUGUUACGAAACCCGGCGCUUAUUAGCUUAAUUCAUUUA